CCAUAUAUUCAUCAGUUAUUUGGUGAUGUCUAUGCGCCGUUCAUCCUUCGAAAGGAUGUUAUGGUCGUUUCAUGGCUGUUGUUCUUCGCCUAUGCGGCACUCGCGAUUUAUGGAUGUUCAUCGAUCGUCGUGGAUAUCAGUCCGAAAAAAUACAUCAGAGAUAAUUCACCAAUUCAAACAUUCGUCGAACUUGCUGAUAAGUAUAUUUGGGCUGAUAAUGUGAUGCCAACAUUCUACGUGAUGAAUCCACCUGACCUGAGAGAUGCAAGUGCGCGAGCACGUCUCAAUGAACUUAUCUACAGACUUGAGCAUACCGAAUAUAGCAUCGGUAGAGUGUCGACGAAUUUUUGGCUCUGGGAAUAUCAACGAUUUCUGAACGAUUUCCCGAAUAUCACCUAUACAACUGGAUUCUAUGAUCAAAAAAACUUAUACGAUUUUUUCUCGCAGUUCGACUACCAGCAGUACCGACCACAUGUGAAAAUGAGCGCAAAUUCGAGCAACGGUGAGCCGUGCAUUCAAGCAUUCACCUUUCAAACAAGUUUUUAUGGUCUUGAUUCUUGGGAUAAACGUCAAGUUUCUGACUAUAAUGAAUUCGACAUGUUCCUUGCGGAUAUCUUCUCACCCUUCCUCAUCGAUCAACGCAAAAGCAUCGCACCCUCCUCAAUGCAGUCGAUUGGUUCUGCGAUCGCUGUGAUGGCGAUUAUUUCAAUCUUCUUUUUACCUGAUAAGCAAUCAGUAUUCUUCAUGACAUGGAGUUUAUUAUCGAUAUCAAUGGGAGUUUGCGGUGGAUUAUCGGUGUGGGGAAGUGAUCUGGAUUCAGUUUCGAUGGGUUGCAUUGUUAUGGCUAUUGGCCUCGCAGUUGAUUUUUCAGUUCAUAUUUGCUAUCGUUACCAUCGAUCCGAACAACGCACUGCUCAUGAAAAGGUUUCUUCCAUUUCGUUCUCAUCUUCCCUCUUCCGAUCCUGCAUGCUCAUGUACCACAGCGCGCAAUCAACUAAUCAUUUCAAUUCAGGUUCGCGAUACACUAUCCGUUGUUGGUUGGCCGAUUGUACAGGCCGGUGGAUCGACACUGUUUGGAAUGUUGACGCUACCGUUUAUUCCGGCUUACUUAGUUCGCGUAUUUUUUCAAACGGUUGUUCUGGUCAAUUUGAUUGGCCUGAGUCAUGCACUCAUUUGGUUACCACAGUUGAUUUCAGCGUUAGAUCCGUGCGAAAGAGUGCCGCUCAGAUGCAGGCAUCCACGAACGAAAUGAUCAGUUUAAUUGGUCUCAGUCACUUUAGUUCAUUGUUUCGUUUUGUAUAUUGGUGUAAAGAUGUGUAA